AUAGAUUUAUUUUUCUUUCUACAUUUUAGUUAUGAAUGUGAUUGUGAUAUAUAUAUUAAUUUUAUGAUUAAAUAGUAAGAUUUUUAGCUUUAAAAAAGUUAAAACUUUAUUGUUUUGUAAAAUCUUUAUCCAACCAAUAUGUAUAAAAAACCUACAUCCGGGAAAAAAACAAAUUUGUCUCAAUUUGGACUUCUGGAUGUGGACUUGGAUGAUGGAGAUGAUGAGCCAAUGGACCUCUCAGAUGAUGAUAUGGAUCUUGAAGCAGAACUGGCAGCUAUUAGUGGUGGAGGUGGUAGACGAUCACGACCAAAGAAGCCUUCUACAAUUCCAGCAGCUAAUUUAGAUGCUAUGAUAGCAGCAAGUUUAAAAGAUAUACCUUCGGAUGAGGAUGAUGGGUCUGGAGAUGACGACGACCCAGAUCUCCUCAGUGAGCUUCAAGCUUUAGCUGUGGAGGAUGACGAGGCGCCGGCCCCCCCGCCCCGCGCCGCUCGCCCUGCGCCGCCGCCCCCCGGCGCUGCCAUCGCACAAAAUAGCACCGUCACUUUACUCCAGGAGCGGAUAUCCAAUUAUGUUCUAGCCGAGAAGACGGCUAAGGAAAAUGGCGAUAGCAGCAGAGCAAGGAGAUUUGGCCGUGGCUUGAAAACUCUUAACGACCUGCUUAAACAGGCAAAAGCUGGAAAGUCAAUCAAUGAUGAAGAUAUUCCUCCUCCAGUCAGUUUAGGAAAACCAGCUUCGGACCCCGCUCCUCUGCCGCCGCCGCGAGUGGACCCGGCGCCUCCACCCGAUCCUACCCCGAUCGAACCCCCUAGUGCUCCAGAGCCCGAACCCGAGCAACCGCCAAGUCUUCCAGAACCUCAACACCCCCCUCCGCCACCUCCAACCGAGCAAGUGGACCCUGAAAAACAGCAGGGGCUCUUAUUGAUAUUAAAACGAAAAGAGGAAUUCAAAGCGGCCGCAUUAUCCUCUAAAUACGCCGGCGACAAAGCCCUGGCACUGGAAUAUCUGAAAGUCGUGAAACAGUUCGACAUAGUGGUGGACGCUUACAAAUCCGGACAAGAGAUGGACCUCAGCGAGCUGCCGACGGUGGAGGCGAUAGCGGUCGCGUUCAAAUCGCAACAGAAGGAGGAAGACCAGACACAGAACUCCACAGAACCACAACCAGCACCGGCCGCUUCAGAAGGCGGUUUGAUCACCGCGUCUACGAUGGAAGAAGCCCUAAAGCAGAGACUCGCAGCUUUUCAGCAACAAGAGGCCAAGGCUAAAGAGGACGGCAACUCGUCCAAGGCGCGCCGCAUGGGCCGCAUAGUGAAGCAGUACCAGGACGCGCUGCGGCUGCACGCGGCCGGGCGGCCGCUGCCGACCGACGACCUGCCCGUGCCCGCUGGCUACGGGCCGCUGCCCGAACAUGGUCAACCGGCGGCUGCGGCUUCCCCCGCCCCCUCGUCCUCCCCCGCACCGCGCACCGCCCCUAAACCAGCUCCAACGCCCAAACAAACUCCCACACCUCCCUCGCGAUACGACAAGCAGCUAGCACUGCUGCUGCAACGACAGAAGCAAUUUAAAGAGGCGGCCAUUAAAGCUAAAAAGAGUGGUGACAUAGAACAAGCGAAAGAAUAUCUCAGGGCUGCGAAGGGAUUCGAUCCCAUGAUAGAGGCGGCCAGAGGAGGCCUCAUCGUUGACCUCAAGUCGUUACCAUUACCGCCGAGGGCCAAGGAACGCAUUGACCAUACCUUCGACGUAAUAUCAGCGGAGGACUGCGGCCCGUCUGACGAGACGCCCACCAUCGAGGCGGACGACGAGAACGUACUCAGCCGGCUGCAGCAGCAGCUCACCGCGCAGCUGAAACUCUGCCUCGACAACCGGGACCACAACCGGGCCAUGGGCAACGUCGCCGAGGCCAACCGGUUCGAACAUCUGGCCCUCACCGUCAAACAGGACUUGGAUGUCGUCAUAGUUGCCAAAGGUGUAAGUUCGAACCCACCAAAGUUCCACUACGAGUCGCGGCAGUUCUCCGUGAUACAAUGCAAUACCGACCUCAACGAGAACGAUUUAGAGUUGACAAUCGUGCGCGGCAUCGCCUACAACGUGCCCAAUCCGAAGGAAGUCGACACUUACGUCAAAUUUGAAUUCCCGUAUCCACAGGACGCGCCCGUGUCAGACCGCACGGGCCUGGUGAAGGACACAAACAGUCCGCAGUACGACGCGGUCUUCUCCUUAACAAUCAACCGUUCGGCGCGACCCUGCCUCCGAGUGUUCAAGCGGCACGGGAUCAAGUUCGAGAUAUACGCCAGGGGCUGCUGCGGCGGUUGUGACGCGCUGUUGUGUUGCAGCGGCUGGUUCCGAAGCGACAAGCUGCUCGGCUCGCUCGUGGUCAAGUUGGCGCCUCUGGAGACGGCCGUCACCAUACAUGACUCCUUCCCUCUAAUGGACGGGCGGAGGGCGGCGGGCGGCUCGCUGGAAGUGAAGCUGAGGGUGCGCACGCCGCUGCUGCAGCCCCAAGUAGUGGAAUCUACGCACCGGUGGCUCGUCAUAGACAACUGAACACGCACUGCUUCCACCCGUAUUGCGACGUCGUUAAGUUCAAUUUCGCUUUUCAAUUAUAAGAGACAGUUACGCUGUUCUGUAAAGUUAAAUUAGAAUGUCAGUAGCGAAUUCAUGAGUGUAGGAGUGACGACCUGAAAUACAUAACAGGGAGCCAGCGGAUACAGGUUUUUUUUUAUACAACUUAGAAUGGCACACAAGCUGACGCUUCACCUGAUGGAAAGUGGCAACCGUCGCCUAUAGACAUGAGCAGUACCAUGGUUAUAACAGAGUAUACUGUUUCGCCCAUGAUACCCCCCAUGCGUUGCCAUUCCUAAGGACUCGGAUAUUAUCCCUCUGUACCCAGUAAAUUCACGCCAUAUCUCACCCUUCAAACUGAAACACAGCCAUGCAAACACAACUGCUUCACGGUUGAAACACGAAUGGGACAGAGGUAUCCAAGCAAUCGACUUUUGUACAGUCUCCCUCUGGCAGGUGGUUCAGGACCGUUCUUUAUGGCAGUAUAUGAGGGAGGCUUAUGUCCAGCAGUGGACGGAUAAUGGCUGAAAAUGGUGAUGAUGAUGAUGAAACAUUUAGACAAAGUGAAAUAAUAUGUCAUUUUCACUGCUGUUAAAUGAAAUAAUGUUUUUUUUUUUUACAGAAUAGCGUUGCUCAUUAUUACGAAUCGGUUGCUUUUUUAAUUAUAUAUUGUAUUUAAAUAUAUCCCCUACUACGGGGAGCUAUUUACAGAGAACGUUCCUUAUGGGAUGCUUAGGUCACAUGGUGAAUAAUCUCAAGUUUGUAUACCCAAUAGUUUGUUCAUUGCGCUGUUAGAUUUGUGAGGUUUUGUCUUAUAUUUUAGCCGCUAAGUAAUUGUGAUUGUAUGGUUGUUUUUUUUUCUAAUGGAUGAUAAUGGAAUGGUAACCCCGCCUGCGCUAACGAUAUGCGCUGGCGGGGCACCAGUGAUAGAUGAUAGGUGAGAUGAAAGGACAGGUCAGUUAGCCCAUCGUGAUGAACACACCUGGAAUUCAGCACGAUGGUUUCCAUGUGGAGGUCGACCUGAUAUUAUAUUGCUAGUAAUGGGACUGAUAGUUCACAUUACUAACAAUCUCUUUCCGCCUCGUAUGGUUGUUUAAGUGUAUUGGCGAGGGAAAAUAUAGGAGUGAAAUUAUUAAUUAAGUUGUCAGGAAUGGCAAUGCACAAAGAUACUAUAAUGUUUAUGGCAGCAUUUCCCACUAGGUUAGCUGUAUGCUUAUUUGCCAUUCCAAUUUGCAUAAAAGUGAAACCUUGUUCUGUCGUAAUAUGAUAUAUAUCUACUUUUUUAAAUACAUCCAUUAUAUAUUCCUAUAAUAUAUUAAUAAAUAUGUUAAAUACAUAUAAUAAUGACUGCGGACAAGCAUUGCUUGAUUGCUUUCUCUAUAAAAAUCGCAUUUGCAAUCGCAAAAUGGAAUUCAGGUAAAUUGAGGCCUAUACGAUCACAGACAGCUACAUCCAAGUCUGUCAAACGUUCAGGAAACUACAAAAAUUAAUAUUUUGUCAAAGAUGUUCAAUACGAACAAAACUAUAGUAAUUCAAACUGUUUUAUAAUUGUAAAAUACUUUUUGUUUUUCUUUUGUUUUUUCUCUGUCACGUCACGUCACGUCACGUCAAGUACAUACAUGCACGUCUAUACACGACAUAUUCACGUUCAAUACGAACAAAACUAUAGUAAUUCAAACUGUUUUAUAAUUGUAAAAUACUUUUUGUUUUUCUUUUGUUUCUUCUCUGUCACGUCACGUCACGUCACGUCAAGUACAUACAUGCACGUCUAUACACGACAUAUUCACGUUCAAUACGAACAAAA